AUGCACCUCUACACACGGUUCAUCAUUCCGCUCGCUUUGGCGGGUUUACUCACGACAUUGGCUACAAUCUUCUGUUUGAUCCCCUCUUUCUCGGCGCAGUUGGCGCAACGCCCGUCGGAAUGGAGAUCCACCAAGCCGCUUCGCUACCUACCCGCCGCUGUAGUUGGUCCCUUGCGACAUUUCUCCGACUCCCUUCGUUCGCCUGGUCCAAGAAACCUUUCCUCUGCUCUCGGUGUCGCGUCGCGAAUCUACGUACUCUCACUACCCCGCCGGACGGAUCGUCGCAAGGAGAUGGAUAGACUAGCCAGAUCACUCAACCUCGACCUUACAUAUGUCGACGCGGCCGACGCCACCGAUUCGAACGUCGCAAAUAUCAUGCACCACGUCAGGAUGCUUCGGUCCAACCUGGGCACCAUGGCAGAGGCAGCCGCGCAACUGUCAGAGCUCGGCUACCCAGAUCUGCCCACACGAGUACCCGCUGUGUUUGGCUGGCCACCAGACUUACGGAUCACCGAUCUCAAUCUUCCCGCUGGAGCAGAACUUUGGCCAUAUCCUAGCAUAUCACCCGUAACAUCAUUCAGCGCGGCGGCCAGCCAUAAAUCAACGCCUGCAACUUCGCUCGCAUGCUACACCGAGAACAACGUGUUCGGCUCCAUCACGGAACCGAGCAAAGCCCAGAAUGUCCUCAACCUACCCAAACUAGCUUGCUGGUACUCGCACCUGCAACUUCUGCGGCGCAUCUCGGAGUGUGAAGACGAGCGGCCCUCGAUCGUGCUCGAGGAUGAUGUGGAUAUGGAGCGUGACAUACACGAACGAUUGCAAAGUAUAUGGGAUGCUUUGCCAUCAGACUGGGACAUCGUCUACCUUGGGCACUGCUGGUCAAAUGAAACAGAACAUCAACCUCUUCGUACUGUCGCGCCUCCCUGGCUCCCGAAUAGUAAAGGCUAUGUGCCCUCCAUGCCAUCCGACCCUGCACACCGCACCUCACUACACCCUGCCUCCGGACCGAAGUGCACACACGCCUACGCGCUAUCACGCCAUGGAGCUCGACGCUUGCUCGCACACCUCCGCCAUCCACCUUUCGCAUAUUCGCGCGCAAUCGACCAGGCUAUGGCAUGGCUCGUGCGAUCGGAUCGCCUCAAUGCAUUCAGUAUCGUUCCUCCGGUUGUCGUGCAACGCAAGAUGGACCAGAGCGAUCUCAUGCCAGGGAACGGAAGCAGGUGGCGAGACAAUCUUUACGACGGUGUUCUGACAUGA